UACAAUUGUUUUAUUCCUUAAUAAGGAUGGAAUCUGUCAGCUUAGUUACUUAGGACUCUACUGCAGUUAGUUUGAUUAUACGACAAACAAUACCUUAGUCGGUUACCAUUAGUAACAAUACCAUUAGCAACCAAAAUCGGUUGCAGAUCGUUCUACGCCAUUUAAAGCCAGGAAACUAUUCACAUAAAUCUUCUUUUGUACUCUUAUUUUCUCACACACCAUCAUCGAUCACCAAUUCCAGCAUCAGAAGUGGCACACUUCUAACACUCAAAACAUCAAAUUUAGAACAGACUUAAAAGCGCAUUAACAACAAACUUUAUGGACCAUUUCGCCUAACACCCAGUUAGCACCAGGUUGUUAAUGUGCCCGUCCGCACGACAGCAGACCAUGCACGGAACUGACCCGAACUGUCACGUUCCGACGAAAGAUUGUAUUUGAAGGUGCAAGAUUGGGAUUGGGUCACUCAUCAGCUGGUCGGUAUCUAGUGACGUUGCUGACCGCGAUUCAGAUGAUUUUAUUGAUUUCCGUCUAAAAUAUUGCUGUGCACUGCUGUGAUAAUGGAAUUGAAGAUAGUUUUUCUUGUGCUAGCCUCCCUUAGUGGUGUACUCUCAUCUUCCUACAACCAAUCGGAGGAUUCAGAGGUAAAACGGCUCUCACGAAAGAAACGGUUUUUGCUGUUUCCACCAGGCGCAAACAUUUUGCUAACGUCCUCUUUCGGUAAAGGAUUGGUAUUCCGAGGUCCUGCCGGCUAUGUGGCAAUUGGUGAGCUCGAUCUAUACUAUCCACUGCCCGACUACAAGUACCAUGCGAGUGCACUCAAGCUGGGCAAGAUAGCGAUGUAUCCACCGGAACCGAAAAAGCCCAAACCUCCACCACCACCAACCACUAAGGCUCCCGAGAAAGAGGAUCAUCAUCACCAUGACGGGGGAGAGCUAACACCGGAGGAAGUUAAAACAUAUCUCAAAGAUCAUCCGGGAACGUAUGUACCGCCGGGCUGGGGUAAAGAUCGGGCCGAUUGGAACACAAACAACCAGCAGUACCAAUCAGGCUAUUGGGCGCAAGAUCGCAUGCAGAAUCCGUACGGCUACCAAUAUCCAUCGAACACAUUGAACCAUUAUUUGGGUGGCUAUAAAGACGGAUCGUCUAGUUACUUCGGAUGGAGCGAACGUCCUUACGAUAUCUACCGGAGAUCACUGCUCAAGCAGACGUUCGACGAUGAAGACACAGAAGAACACGAACGCAGCAAGUGGCUCAGUGGAGAGUCGUUCAACAUUAGCCAUCACAGUAGCUGGGAAGACUUCCAUCACUAUCGGGACCGGCGAGCACUGUUCAGUCAUUUGGAGGAUAGUAUUGGCUCAAUCACCGGCUUUCACAUGAAGGAGUGCAUUCUGAGAAGCAUUUGCGAGGCUAAGAACAUGCUGCCUCCUCCAGGACGUUCGAUGGCGAUGGACAUCUUCCGUGUUUUGUUUAGUGUUCCACUAAAUGAAGCGUUAACCGACGACUACAGCAAUGCGAUGCGCGAAGAAAGCCUCGACUGUAGGGCACGGUACGGAAAUGGAUGUCCAAUGAGUCUACUCGACCUGAUUCUUUUCGGAAAGUUUGAAACAUAA